AUGCUACUAGUUUUAAUGUGCUUUCACAUGAGAGCUUAUUUUGAAUGUAAUUUGUUGUUGAAACACGCAGCACUUGGUCAUGUCGCAAAAUCAGACCAUCAAAAUACGUUCCAUCGAAAACAAGUUUCAUUAGAAACAAAACUAAAUGCCUAUUCUCCUACAUCACAGUCCAUAAAAUAUGAAACAAUUGCAUUGAAAAAGAUUCGUAAUGCUAUUUAUAAUUGCUUCGACCUGCGAGACUUCGUUGCUUUUACUACAGUAAAUGAAGUGUCGUAA